AUGGCGGGAACAUCAGCUACGAACGCAAACGAUGACCCUAAUGUCGGCAGCGCCCAAGGCUCAUCAUCUUCUGCUACCAGUCUCCUCUCCACGUUGGCACCUGUAGCUUUAAUCGCGUUGGUGUGGUUCGCACUAUUUUUGAUAUUCAGAAGAUGGUUCCCAAGAAAUUACCGCCCGAGAACCUUCUUGGGCAGCAUUCAGGAGCGCGAACGAUCACCGAAACUACCGGAUGGACUCUUUGGAUGGUUCGGCAACUUCUUCAACGUUCCUGACAGCUAUGUCCUGAACCACCACUCUCUGGACGGCUACUUAUUCCUGCGUCUGUUGAAGAUGGCUGUUAUCACUUGUCUGGUCGGCUGCUGCAUCACCUUCCCUGUCUUGUUUCCCAUCAACAUUACUGGAGGUGGAGGUAAAUCGCAACUCGACAUCCUUACGCUUGGAAAUGUCACGAACAACUACUACAAGAUGUUUGCGCACACGGGUUGUGCCUACCUCUUCUUUGGCUUCGUCAUCUAUAUGAUCACCCGAGAGAGCAUCUACUACAUCAAUCUGCGCCAGGCCUAUCUGCUCUCGCCAUACUAUGCUAGUCGCCUCUCAUCCCGUACUGUCCUCUUCACUUCUGUGCCAGACGAGUACCUGAACGAAGCCAACCUACGUCGCAUGCUCGGAGAAUCUGUCGAACGCGUUUGGAUUCCCACCGAUACUGGAGACCUCGAGGAUGAAGUCAAGGAAAGAGACAAGACAGCACUCAAGCUCGAAGCUGCCGAGACCAAGCUCAUCAAGGCCGCAAACGCUGCUCGACUGAAGGCCAACAAGAAGAAGGCAAAGAAACACAAUGAAGAUAUCGCUCUGGAGGAAUUGACACCCGAUGUUGAAGGUGGCUCUGCAGCUUCUCGCUACAUCUCGGCAAAGGACAGGCCUACACACCGCCUGAAGCCUUUGAUCGGAAAGAAAGUUGACACUAUCGACUGGUGCCGUGCAGAGUUGGAGAAGCGUAUCCCCAAGGUCGAGGAGAUGCAAAACCAGCAUAAAGCUCUUGAUGGUGUCAAGAAAAUCAACGCAGUAUUUGUUCAGUUCACUACUCUGCAGGAAGCUCAGUCUGCCUAUCAGAGCUUGACACAUCACCAGGUUCUGCACAUGGCUCCUCGUUAUACUGGAAUGACUCCUGGAGAAAUCAUCUGGAGCAAUCUGCGCAUCAAGUGGUGGGAGCGGGUCCUCAGGAGUGGCAAUCCUCCGACUACUUUCAAAAAAGGCUUCACUUGGCUGAACUGGCUGUUGGCUCUACCACACAGUAUUUUCGGAGUUGUGUCGGGUCUUCUGCCUACUGUUGCCCUGGCUAUCCUGAUGUCUGUACUACCAAUCAUUCUGCGUCUGAUGGCUAGACUCGGAGGCGACCCAUCUCUUUCUGCCGUGGAGCUCACAGUCCAAAACACCUACUUCGGGUUCCAAGUCGUACAAGUCUUCUUAGUAGCCACUCUUGGAAGUGCCGCUUCUUCAGCUUUGGGUUCUAUCCUGCCGAACCACAUUAACAUGAUCCCUACUUUGUUGGCUUCGUCAAUUCCCAAGGCAUCCAACUUCUACCUCUCAUAUUUCGUUUUGCAAGGUUUGGGUGUGGUAUCGGGCACUUUACUCAACCUUACCGGUCUCGUCGUCUUCAUCGUCCUCGGAAAAUUCUUGGACAACACGCCUCGCAAGAUGUACAAGCGUUGGACGUCGUUGUCUAGUAUGAGCUGGGGUACUGUCUUCCCUCCAUACACUAACUUGUUCGUGAUUGCGAUCUGCUACGCAAUCAUUGCUCCUCUGGUACUGCUUUUCGCGGCAAUUGGGUUGUAUUUGUUCUACUUGGCCUAUCGUUACAACCUGCUUUACGUAUCGAACGCCAACAUCGAUACCAAGGGACGCGUCUACCCUCGCGCCUUGCAGCAGGUGUUCGUAGGCCUCUACAUUGCUGAAGGUUGUCUGAUUGGACUGUUCGCCAUCGCUACUGGAUCUUCGGUCGGAGCAUUGGGUCCGUUGGUCCUCAUGAUCAUCUUUAUGGUCUUCACAGCUCUCUACCAUCUGUCUCUCAAUGCUGCUCUCGAACCCUUGAUCAACUAUCUGCCCAAGAGUCUGGAAGCCGAGGAGCGACGUCUUCUUGACGAGGACGCCAACGCCGAGAGGGGCGAGAAAGGCAUGGUUGCUGAUACAAAUGCGGAACUUGGUCCAUCACCUCACGUCAAACCUGCUUUCUGGAAGAAGUUCCUUCGUCCCGACAUCUACACUGAUUAUGCGACUAUGCGUCGUAUGGUCCCCAAGAUGAUCAGCAUCAGAUAUGAGUCCGCGGAAGCACAACACGCUUACUACAACCCAGCAGUCACUUCAGGCCCAGCCCUUCUGUGGAUCCCUCGUGACCCCAUGGGUGUGAGCAGGCAGGAAGUCAGAGAUACAAGCAAGGUGAUCCCAAUUACGGACGAGGGUGCCACUCUUGACGACAAGAACAAGAUUGUGUGGGAUGCUGAAGACGGUCGUCCACCCAUCUGGGAGCGCCCUGUGUACUAUUAA